UCUCUUUCUCUCUCUAGAAUAAACAAGCAAAACCUGGGGUUCCCAGUUGGCUACACAGAGCUCCUCCUCCCAAAACUCCUCCUCCACACACUUUCCAUUCUGGGUUUCAUCAGAAAACUCAUCUCAUUCCUUUUCCGAUCUCUGGGUCUCGGCGAUUUUCUCGAACCUGACAUUGCAUGGCCUGCCCGACUCGACUGCUCUUCGGAGCCCCACUCAGUCUCCGCGAUUCUGCUCCGGGAACUCCUACCCGUGGUCCAGUUCUCGGAUCUCCUGGACCCGCCCGAGAGCUGCGCGGUUUGCCUCUACGACUUCGACGGCGGCGAUGAGAUCCGACGGCUGACGAAUUGUCGUCACAUCUUCCACCGGAGCUGUCUUGACCGUUGGAUGGACCACGAUCACCGGAACUGCCCGCUUUAUCGGACCCUAUUCAUACCCGACGAUUUACAAGACGUGUUUACUGCGAGACUCUGGGCCGCGUCGGGGAUUUCGGAUUACUACGGCGAGUACUCGCCGAUUACUGCUGGUAUGCAGGAGGCUGGUCCACACUCCAUUUGGUGGUUUGAUCUCCGUGGAAACAAUAUCAUCAUAUUUUCUCUUCUUUCAUUUCCACCCACGGCACUCCCAGCCGACAGACACACAUGCACUUUAUUCCACCCCCAGCGCACAUGCUUUCCCCUUACUCCCUUUUUUUUUUAUUCUUAUUUUUAUUAUUCUCCACCAAAACAAAACAAAAACAACACACACCUCCAUACGCACUAUCAUAUUUUUACAUAAAUGGCGUGCUGUACUCAAGAUUGGUCCCACCGAACCAUCUCCACUUGUUAUCAUGGAAAAUGCUAAUGGUCUGGCUCUUUUCAUAGUCCCUGCUUGACACACCACCUAACUUUCUUUUUUUUUUUAUUUUAUUUUAUUUCCUUUACCACACACUUUACAUCCACUUCCUCAUAUUUUAUUUCAUAGUCCCCUUUCAUCUCUCUCAUCUUUCCCCUUUCCAACUCAAAAUCUUUUUUUUUUAUUCAACCCC